UCUCUUCCCCGCCAUGAUCCCUACUUGCCGAUGCGUUCGUAGCCCAACACGAUGUUCCGUGGAACUCGUGUUCGGACGGGUUUCUUCGUGGAUGCUGGAUUUGGAUCCGCUCUGGUUUGGUUGUCGUCUUGCACCGAGGUUCUUGCGAGGUGCCAGGGGAGCGCUUGUGACCCCUUAGAUCCUCUUGAUGGGAAGUAGCAGAGAAGGAUCGCGCCGGGAGGAGAGGAUGAGAGGGAAGAUCAAAAGCGGGCGAUUCGAAGGCGUAAAAUUAGAUCCUUUCUAAAUCGUGGUUUGAGAUGGUGUUAUGGUGCUCGUCGAUCGCUGUUUGAGCCAUAGAAGAAGUUGACCUACCUCUUUCCUGCGUUGAGGGUCAUCCAUGUGCUAAAUAUAUGAUUAUAGCACCAGGUUCUUCCUUGCAAGGUCCAUUCAUUAUGGAAAUCUGAUCCAUAUUUUGUCAACUGAUAUAAAGAAAUGGAAGACUCAGGGAUCUCAAGCUUUUGGGGACCUGUUACAUCCACUACAGAAUUGUGCGAGGAAAACUAUGCCCAUUCUUCAUAUAUUGCAGAAUUUUACAACACCAUAUCAAAUAUUCCUUGCAUUCUUUUUGCACUUAUUGGCCUUACAAAUGCCCUUAGACAAAGGUUUGAGAAAAGAUUUAGUGUGCUUCACAUUUCCAACAUGAUACUCGCAAUCGGGAGCAUGAUAUUUCAUGCCACAUUGCAACAUGUACUGCAGCAAAGCGAUGAAACACCAAUGGUAUGGGAGAUGUUGCUUUACCUUUAUGUUCUUUACUCACCGGACUGGCACUAUAGGAGCACUAUGCCUACUUUUCUUUUCCUCUAUGGUGCUGCCUUCGCUGUUGCUCAUUCAUUGGUGCGUUUUGGAAUAGGAUUCAAGAUACACUAUGUUGGCCUUUGUCUUCUAUGUAUCCCGCGGAUGUACAAGUAUUACAUACAAACAAAAGAUGCGUCUGCUAAACGGCUAGCCAAGCUCUAUGUUGCGACAAUAUUUCUCGGGACUAUAUGCUGGUUGCUCGACCGGAUGUUCUGCAAGAAAUUAUCACACUGGUAUAUUAAUCCGCAGGGUCAUGCGUGGUGGCAUGUGCUUAUGGGAUUCAACUCAUACUUUGCGAAUGCAUUUUUGAUGUUCUGUCGGGCACAGCAGCUGGGUUGGGAACCGCAAGUUGUUCACCUCUUUGGUGUAUUCCCAUAUGUGAAGAUUCAUAAGCCCAAAAAGCAGGAGUGAGAAAGAAGCAGUCGGGCAAGUGUUCCAUGCUGGUUUCUUUCUGCAAUCUUUGGAACAGAUGUUUUGUUUAGCGUGCAAACAGGCGGUGGCACUCUGGAAAUGAACGUUAGUGACAUGGGCUUAUUGAUGUUUUACAUUUCAUCGACUGGCGCUUGCUAUGUACUGUUCCUAAAUCUACAAUCUGUGCUUAGAAUAGGUUGAAUCAUGAACAGUAUUUUUUUCUUUUUCUUGCUUGAUAUGUUUUUUUUUUUUAGGGUUACACAAGAUGAUUGAAUUGGAGACUGACCCAACCGGUUAAUUGGGUCUAUAAUUAACUAGUGAAUUUAAUCUUA